GGAAAGAGGAAGAGUGGAGGGAGCUCUCAUCAUCCUCAGGCUUCUGGAGGUGGAGAUGGAGGAAUGAGAGCCGGGGAAGCUAGCCUGCUAGUUAGCCGGGUUAUUCCUUCCGCGAGCGGCGUCCGGGCGGGGGGGAGGCAGACGGUCAGCUACGGAAGAGAGACAGUUGUCAGUGGAAUCUGCUGGUCAGUUGUCACCCCCAACAUGGAUGCGGACGUGUCUCCUCUUCAUCCUUCGGGACGGCUGCUGUUGGGCGCUUGUCUGCCUGUCGUGCGACUCGUUUCUUUCUCGGACUAAUAAUAAUAAUACUUUGACUGUUUUUCUUUCUUGUGAAAGCCCCCCCGCAGCAACUCGGAGUCGUUUUUCUUUUUCUUUUUUUUUGUGCGUGGGAGCCUCACGCAGCGCAUUGAAGAUGACGGAGGGGAGGCGAUGUCAGGUCCAUCUCCUGGAUGACAGGAAGCUGGAGCUCCUUGUGCAGCCCAAGUUAAUGGCUAAGGACCUCCUGGAUCUGGUAGCCUCUCACUUCAACCUCAAGGAGAAGGAAUACUUCGGAAUUGCAUACACAGAUGAAACGGGCCAUUUUAGUUGGCUACAGCUGGACCGCAGAGUGUUAGAACAUGAAUUCCCCAAGAAAUCAGGGCCCAUUGUCCUCUACUUCUGUGUCAGGUUCUACAUUGAGAGUAUAUCAUACUUGAAAGACAACGCCACUAUAGAGCUUUUUUUCCUCAAUGCCAAGUCCAUCAUCUACAAGGAGCUCAUUGAAGUGGACAGCGAUGUCGUCUUUGAGCUGGCUUCCUACAUUCUCCAAGAGGCUAAAAGUGAUUUUACCAGUAACGACGCAACCAGGUCUGACCUAAAGAAGCUCCCUGCUCUGCCCACUCAGGCCCUAAAGGAGCAUCCGUCCCUGGCCUACUGUGAGGAGCGGGUCAUCGAGCACUACAAGAAGCUCAACGGACAGUCCAGAGGACAAGCUAUCGUAAACUACAUGAGCGUUGUGGAGUCCCUGCCCACAUAUGGAGUACAUUACUAUGCCGUAAAGGAUAAGCAGGGGAUCCCAUGGUGGCUGGGACUGAGCUAUAAAGGCAUAUUUCAGUAUGACCAUCAGGACAAAGUCAAGCCUAGAAAGGUGUUCCAAUGGCGUCAGCUGGAGAACCUCUAUUUUCGAGAGAAGAAGUUCUCCGUGGAAGUUCAUGACCCCAGGAGGGCGUCGGUGACACGCAGGACGUUUGGCCACAGCGGCAUCGCGGUGCAUACCUGGUACGCCUGUCCGGCCCUCAUCAAGUCCAUCUGGGCCAUGGCCAUAAGCCAACACCAGUUCUAUCUGGACCGCAAGCAGAGCAAGUCUAAAAUCCACGCAGCACGCAGUCUGAGCGAAAUUGCCAUCGACCUCACUGAAACGGGAACGCUGAAAACGUCCAAACUGGCCAACAUGGGCAGCAAAGGCAAAAUUAUCAGUGGGAGCAGUGGCAGUCUACUCUCAUCAGGCUCUCAGGAAUCCGACAGCUCCCAAACAGCCAAGAAGGACAUGCUGGCUGCGCUGAGGGCCCGCCAGGAAGCACUGGAGGAAACGCUGAAGCAGAGGCUUGAGGAGCUCAAGAACAUCUGCAUCAGAGAGGCUGAGCUGACAGGGAAACUUCCCAAGGAAUACCCUCUAGAUCCAGGCGAGGAAGCUCCCACAGUGAGGCGAAAGAUCGGUACUGCCUUCAAAUUGGAUGAGCAGAAGAUUCUUCCAAAGGGGGAGGAAGAAGAGCUGGAGCGGCUGGAGCGGGAGUUCGCCAUUCAGUCACAAAUUACCGAGGCCGCCCGGCGCCUGGCCAGCGACCCGCACGUGAGCAGCAAGAAGUUGAAGAAGCAGAGGAAGACAUCUUAUCUCAAUGCGCUCAAGAAGCUACAGGAGAUCGAGAACUCCAUCAAUGAAUAUCGAAUUCGCUCUGGAAAGAAGCCCACGCAGAGGGCCUCGCUUAUAAUUGAAGAGGCCAACAUCGGCUCCGAAGAUAGUUCGCUGUCUGACGCUCUGGUCCUGGACGAUGACGACCCCCAAGUGACAGGCACCCCCAACUUCUCACCGAUGGCGUCGCCCCACAAGGGCCUCCCCCCGCGUCCACCGUCUCACAGUCGUCCCCCGCCACCGCAGUCCCUAGACGGGCUGCGACACCUGCACUUCGGUCGCGCCGACUAUGACAAAUCGCCCAUCAAGCCCAAAAUGUGGAGCGAGUCUUCGCUUGAUGAGCCGUAUGAAAAAGUCAAGAAGCGCUCCUCUCACUCCAGUCACAGAAGAUUCCCAAGCUCUGGCAGCACAGAAGCGGGCGGUAGCAACUCUCUGCAAAGCAGCCCCAUCAGGAGUCUCCCUCAGUGGAACUCUCAGUCCAGCAUGCCGUCCACACCGGACCUGAGGACCCGGACGCCACACUACGUACAUUCCACCAGGUCAGUGGACAUCAGUCCCACACGUCUGCACAGUCUCGCUCAGCACUUUAGGAACCGCAGCUCCAGCCUGGAGUCCCAGGGCAAGCUCCUGACGUCAGACCCAGACCCACACUCGCACUCGCACGCCCUGGGCACGCUGGGAAGCCCAGACUUUUUCCUGGGCCCCACGCGGACCUCUAACGGCUCCGAUCCACUGGACGACUGCUCCUCCUGCACCAGCCAGAGCAGCUCAGAGCACUUCUACCCGGCCGGCGGGUCCUUAGCGCCCGGUAGCAACCCUAACUACUCAACCCUCGGGGAGGACUCGCCGUCCAAAGCCAGGCAGCGACAGAGGCACAGGUCCGCCGGUCACCUGGGGUCAUCCAACUCGGGCUCCAUGCCAAACCUGGCAGCUAAGAACGGCUCGGUUGGGGGUUCAGGCGGAGGUGGCAUCGGCGGUGGACAACAUGGCGUCUACCUCCACAGCCAGAGCCAGCCGUCCUCACAGUACCGCAUCAAAGAGUACCCGCUGUACGUGGAGGGUAGCCCCAACCCGGUGGUGGUGCGCAGCCUAGAGAGUGACCAGGAGGGCCACUACAGUGUCAAGGCCCAGUUCAAGACCUCCAGCUCCUACACGGCCGGGGGACUGUACAAGGAGGCCUGGGGAGGGGAGGAGGGCAGCGAGGGCGGUGGCCGACUAACGCCGUCCCGCUCGCAGAUUGUACGGACUCCGUCGCUGGGGCGCGAGGGGAGCGGCGGAGGAGGGGGCAGAGCGGCCGUGUCGGAAGAGCUGCGCUGCUGGUACCAGAGGUCAUCCGGGAGUCUGAAGGAGAGGAGUCACUCCCACUCAGUAUCCGCCUCUUCUGAAACAGGGUCACAGCAAGGCACGCUGGGACAUGGACGGGGCAGCCGGGUGGGAACGCUCGUUAAGUGUUCACCAGUGGCGUCCCCACACAGCCAAAGGAGUGUGACACCCUCCAGCGAGCAGGCGGCCACGCCCACACCCCCCUGCAGUCCACAGCACAUCCUCAACUGGCAAAGCGGGUCCUUCAGCGACAGCUGCUUCCUGGGCAGCCCCUCCUGUUCCGAACUGGCGGAUGUGCAGUGGUACAGACGGGACAAGGCCAAACCUGGAACCCUGGUCUGAGACUUUCCCGGACCCCUCCCCCAGGCCCCUUCUUCUGCAUCACCACUCAGAACAGCCAUACAUGGCACUCCUUCCAAUCCCCCCCACCCACCUCGGGACGCGAGCUACAGGGCCGAGUGGAUGUCAAAAAGAGAGCGAGCAAGAGAGCACAGUCUUGUGUGUUUCCAAGUCCCCCCGAAGAGGAUUCCUGCUGGUUUUGAGCCACCAGUCCUAAAAACCCAUAUAAGUGUGUUGGGUUUCCGGAUUCCCAUUCAUCUUUUAUUUUUCCCUUGCAUAUUUAUUAUCAAACAUAGAGAAGACGAAUUUUCUUAAGAAGAAAAAAAAACAAAACUAUGUUGCAAAGAUUUAUGACAAAAAUUCCUUCACCCGGUUUUUAUCCUCCAGGCUGGAUGUGACUGACCGAUCACAGGUCACCGUGCGUGGAACACGAUCUGGACCGCAGCAAUAACAAACAUUGUUGGAUUUGUUCUUGGAAGAGAGACCGCCAACUGUGUCGUUUGCCGAGGAUUUGCAAAUUUGGGGCUUUUGACGUCCGUUCGGCGCUCACUGGAGCGACCUUGCUCUCAUCAUUUCCUGUCCGUCACUUCCUAAUUAUUGUUGCCAAAUUGCGGGAAUUUUUCUCAGUUUCCUUGGGAAUUAACAGAAGUAAAACACAAAGUUACAAAAUUCAAGAUAAAUUGGAUUUAGCAUAAUUAUGACCAUAAUAAACGAACUUGAUUUGGUAUUUUUUUAUUUAUUUGAUGUAUUGUGCCACAGUCCAAAAUAAUUGGAGUCACAAAUGAAUGUUGGCCGUAUUUAUGGGUGCUAUAGUUUUUAAUUUUUUUGGGUGCCAACCUUAAAGUGGUCACUGGAGGCCUUGAAAAAUGGCAGCCAGGCAGAUUCGCUCAAAGCACAAUGUCACAUCGACUCCCAGACAUGUCAACAGGACAAAAGCCAUUAAGCAGGGUACACACUCGCGCAAUUUUUUAAAGUUCUUAACCCAUUUUUACAAUGUGAGAGAGCGAGCGCACACGACGUGCACAAAAAUCAUCCUUUUACUGUGUGCGUGGUGUGCAUCAAAUAACUAACACAGGAUGACACACAUGUAACCAUAUUUGUUGCAGUACUGUGGCUGACCUGUGAGAGGCAGCAUGAAAAUCCAAAGAAUAACAAGCAAGCAUCGCUGGUAACUUCAGCUGUCCCAUUUCACGCCAAAAUUGCAGAAUACUUAAUGAUUUGCUAUUGUAAUUAUUGUACAAGUUUAACAUUUAAGAUUUUACGAGCUGACUGAGGGAGGUAAAUCACUCGGUCCACACCACAUACACACACACACACACACAAGAUAAUCACUCAGGAUAUUAUUUUGGAUAUAUCCUUUGCCGACUUUAAUAUGAAGCCGGUUGUGGGCACAAAUUGAAUCCAAUUAUCGUUAUGUGUAUAUCCUGUUUUACACACAUCACACCACAGGUCACUCGGUCAAGUUAACCGUCAUCUAAAUAUUGCUCGUGCCUUUGCUGGCUUUGAUUGCAAAGGAGAAAAAAAAAAAGAAACUAAAAUCUGGUCAAAUUGUUGGUAUGUGUGUACCCUGCUUAAAACACCUCACCCCAUGGGAUAAUCGGACAGGAUAAUCGUUGGAAGACAUCUGAUCAUCGAAAAUUACUGACUUUGAUUAGAAGGGAGGAAAAAUGCUCAAUUUGGCCCGAUUGUCGAUUUGAGUAUCCUGCUUUACACAGCCUACACCACAGGAUUAUCGGUCAGGAUAAUCAUUUAGAGACAUUUGAUAAUCAGGCGUUUUCCGAAUUUGAUCAGAAAGGAGGAAAAAUACGCACAUUUGGUCUUGUUGUUGGUAUCUGUUACCUGUUUUUACACAUCUGCCACCGCAGGAUAAUUGUUUGAAGACAUCUGAAAAUUUGGCUUUGACUGACAUUGAAUGGAGGGUAAAUGCUCAAAUUUGGUCAGAUUAUCAUAAUGUGUAAAUGAAGGAUUUAUCCCGGAAGUGGAAUGCAACAGGACAGGGUUAGAAAAGCACAGUUUGCAGGACCGCCAGCAUCGUGUUACAUUUUUGCACAACAGCAGACCGACCAUAUCCGCUUUUGUCGUGUCAAGUUUCGAUCGAUUCUCAUUUUCCUCACUUUCAGACCCAUCGCAACAUCCACGUGCGACCAUUAGGUUCCCAAAUUCCAAAUAUGUGAAAGCAUCCUAAUCUCACACCAUCGCUCGUGCAUGCCACUGAAGACGAAAGCCCCCCCAAGCAAUCCACAUCCACCCACAAUAUAUCGUGGCCCUGAAUGACCUUUGUGCAAAUGUCGAAAGCCCGGUAUGGUUCAGUGCAGCCUCCUCCCUCUAACCUUGUGUUAAUCCAAGCCAAGAGAAUUUCAACUCACUUGUUUUUAAUGCUCUUAAAGAGGCUUGACAUUGUUUUCUUAGGAUUUUGAAUACUGACUCUUUUCCACAAUGUUCCCCUCACCGUUGUUGUUUAUUUUUUUUCUUGUCUAUCCCGGUGCUACACGAAUUAACAUGAUACCAUUGCCCCAUAGAGUCAGUCCAUCCAAUCCAAGUUGAUUUUAACACACAGCAGACAAAUAGAGCAUGUAACUGUUAACAUGAAUACAUUUAAUGUGCUGUAGGAAAACAAGUGUGGAAUUGAUUAUACUGGAGGGGGGGCAGGGAGGGUGAUGGGGGCGGACAAUAAUAAUGAUGAUAACUGAAUUCCACAGUUAAUUUAUUCUUUUCUAAUAAAAAUUUGUAUAGUAACUUUUUUCAAAAAGCGUGUCAUUGGAAAAUGUGGUGAGGAUUUUUUUCAGAGACGCUGUCGUUGGUUCAGGAGAUGAACGCAAAUAAAUUAUUGAUGAAUGUU